AUGAUUGCUGCCAUUUUAAUUCGACUUUUUAUUAAAGAGAGUCCAGUAAUGGCACAAAAAAAGAAAGAAUUGGCUCAAUUACGCGAAGAAUUAGCAGAACAAGCAGAAAAAGACACAACUGGUGGGUUAAGAUUUGGUCAGGCCGGUAACAGUGGUCUAAUGCAAACAUAUUUAGCAGCUUUUCUUGUCACUUAUCUUUCUGUUGCGCGAACUGUUCCAACUGAUGCCAAUAUGAUUGCAUCAAUCAUUUCGUUUUUCACUAUUCCUUUUGUCGGUUGGUUAGGAGAUAAGUUUGGUAGAAGAACGAUGUACCUAAUUUUGUCGGGCGCGAUGGCAAUAUUUGCUAUCCCAAUGAUGCUAUUAAUUAGUACUAGAAACACUCUGUUAAUUACAAUCGCCAUGAUUAUCGGGUUAAAUGUUGGUGUGCAAGAUUUAUUUGCCUUGGAGAAUAUCAUGAUUCCUGAACUAUUUGGAUCGCUUCACCGGAUGACUUUUUCAUCAUUAGCAAAAGAGAUUGCUGGUCUUUUUGCUACCGGAUUUGGCCCUGUGAUAGCUGCCUCGCUGGUAGGAAUGGCUCUGGGGAGUUGGUGGCCACUGGCACUGAUGAUGAUCUUCUUUUCAGCAGUAACUUUUAUCAGUGCUUGGCUAUCGCCUAACACAAAUAAUCGUGAUUUAAACGAUUUGAAUGAUCCGGUAAUAGAUCGUCAUG